UGUGCAGUGUAUAAAAUCAAGUGGGCCACCAGCUUCGCCGCUUAGUCUCCUUGCUGAAUUCGAGGCAAACGCACAGCGACAAAGUGUUAUUCAAGAUGAAGUUCCUGUUGGUGUUAUUGGCGUUUGUGGCCGCAGCGAACAGUUACGAGUUUCAGGAGCGUUUGAGCAUUUACGAUCGCUCCGUGUCCAGCCAAAUAAACGAUUACAUUGAGAGCCUGCGCAAGCAAAUGCCAUGCGGUUUUCCUGGCCUCGGUCUGGGACCUCUAUCACCAGCACGUUUGUCUCACCGUGAUGUGGCGCUCAGCUCAAGUGGUUUGGUUUUGGCUGGAGAAAUCGACGAUUUCAUACUCUACGGACUGGACGACUUUGAUUUCUUAGUAAAGAUCAAUCUUGUGCUCAGCAGGGUCAACUUCAAUUUCCACUGGAAGAAAGUGCAUUUCGACACCAAAUACAAAAUGGACAUGAACACCAACAACAGGCUGAAUGCGGGACGCAAUGGUGGCGCCAAGUUUGCCAUCGAGGAUUUGAAGGUUGUCGGCUCGGCCAAAUACAACAUCAUCGGCAAACUGCGUUUGAAGGAGUUCAAGAUCAGCGCCACCAUUGGUGAUGUCAAUUCGGAGAUUGAAAAUUUGUCCAAAAUCAAAAUUGUUAACAAGAAAUUGAACCAGAUCAUUGAGGAGUGGAUUUUGUUGGCGGUGAAUGAAAACACCAGCGAAAUGGAGCAGAUGGCGAACAGCUUUGUGGUGCCAUUUGUUAAUGACUUGAUAGGAGAUGCGACGUUGGCUGACAUAAUUGCGAUUAUCGCUGGUGGUGGAGGUGGUGGUAGUGGCGGUGAGCCAGAGGAAUGUGUGCCGCCAGUAGCUCCACUGACUGACGAAAUGUAAAAUUGCAUGAACCAAAGAUAUGCUAAUGUAGAAAUAUUUAAGGCUUUUCAGAGGGCAAGUAGGAGAACUGAAAUUUUGUGAAAACCUUUCUGUUGUUUUUGAUAAAAAAAAUAAAAGAAAUUCGCAUUUAAAACUAAAUUAAAAUAAAAAUCUAAUGAAAUGUAUUACAAAAA